UUGUUUGACAAUUGAAUCUUCGCGACACUUAUACACUCGCUUGGAGACCAAAAUCACAUGCAGAUUCACCAUCCUCAACUCUCUACUUAAUCGCACAUUCCAAACAUCGAAUGAGCUAUGAAAGCCAUAUAAGAUACGGACGUAUGUUUAUCUGUCGAUUGUGUGAUCACUGGUUUAUAAGUCUCAAAGUCACCGGAAGAGCUUUAUAUAACCUCUGGUUAUCUGGAAUAUGUCCAAAAAUGGAGACGAAUCAACAUAGGAAGGCUCUUACCACGUUCUUUGAUCCAAGAUAACUUCUUUGUCAUCGUUGUUUCAACUUCUUUAUCGAACAAAUGAAGCCAAAAGGCUAUAACAUCGAGAUCACAUUUUUGCCCUGGAUUUGCUCCUCAUUCGGUAAAUUUUAACAAAUUUCAGUUGGUCUAAAGCUAACUAUCGAUAUUUGUUGUUUUGUUGAUAUUUGCAAUUACUCUCGCCUUUUCGAUAUCGAUCUAGUAAGAUGAAUACAGAACGGGAUCGGAAGAAUAUUGCCCUGAAAUACUAUCGGAAGCUUUCCGAGUUCGAGUUAAACAGCAGCCGAAGUAUAACCCCAAUUUCACAGUCCAAAAACCCCCAGAUUCUUUCAGCCCAAUUAGCCCACGAGUUCAACGCGUACUUCCGACUAAUCAAACGAAUCCGAAGUCUCGCCAGCUCCAGUGUUGGCUUGUUCCAGGAACUGGAAUCGAACAACGUCUUUCUGGACAGCUAUGGCCAGAGUAAGUUUCUGGCUUCCUAUCGGAAUGUCAUGGCAGAUGCUUGUGAAAAAUACUCAACACUAAACAAGCUAGCCCGGCCCCCCUGUAUAAUAGUUUUUGGUCAAGAUAGUGUGGCGAAAGCGAAAAUUGUGAAAGAACUUUUUGGCCAGGAAAUUUUACCUCUCACGCCGCUUAAUGAAGAACUGGAAACGCAGCGUAUGGUUAAAUUUCGGUACGGAACGGCGCAAAAGUACAAUAUAUCAAUAGCUGGGUCAUAUCUGGAAGAGUAUGACUUCAUUGAAAUGCGACACAUGAUGAACAAAGGAUCAUCUCCUGGCACUGGAGGCGUUGCACUAGCACCUUACGAAGAGUACCGUCUUCGAGGAGCUGACCGAGAAAAUUUGGAUCUCUGCAAGACGUUCCUGGAGAUUAAACUUCCACACGCACUCUUGCAAGACGGAAGCCAGGUGUUCGUAUCGCCUUGUAAUAACCCACACGCAACAACGGCUCAAAUACAUAAAGAGUGUAUCCGGGAUGUCUGCCCGGUCGCAAUUUUUGCUCUGAGUUGCGACCACCUGAGUUCCGAGGAUGUCGAGGACUUGAAAUCUGCCAGAUCAAUUGACCCAAACAUCGAGUACUUUUUUAUUAACACCAAAUCCAGAGUUCAAAACGACUUAACAGAAUCGGAAGACCACGCUUUGAAAGACGGAGUAGUGAAGCAACUACGCGAUUUGGGUUUCAAUGUCAAACAGAUUGCGAUCGCCAAAAUUCAGGACCUCAUUAAUGCCGACUUGUACCCCACGAGUCGUAUGAGCUCAAUAUCCGUUCGGAAAUUUGCAAACUCGACACCAUACGAGCAAAAUCAAGAGGAGUAUCCUUUCUUGCCGUAUAGCAACAGACCUCGAACCAGUGUUACGGACAAUCCCAGAAGAAUUCAGUUAACUCCGCUUUUUAACGAGGAUCUUCACUUUGACGAAGAUACUGGAGUUGUUGACCUCAAAAGCGACUAUGCAGGCGACCUUGAAACUUUCCCAGCUUUCAUCAAAUUCCUGAAAAGGUGCUUAAACAAAAACUUGAUCAGCCUUUCAAACGAAGUUUUCAGGUCUCACCAACACGCACUGCAAAGUAUAGUUUGCGAAGGUUUUCAGAUAUCACGUGACACUCAAGUCAACUACGCCAGGUUGAAAUUUGUGAAAAGUUACGAGAAAAGAGUUUUCAAGGCUUUGAAGGAAAUCGUGAACCAGAAAGAGGGCGAGAUUCGUGAAAGAAUCCGAACCACAAUUCAAGACGUCCGAAGUACUGUGAUUGAAGAAGCCCAAAGACACGAGUUCGUUUCAAUUUCCGAGUCAUCUCGUCAUCGAGAUUUGCUCAAAGUUACCGAACUCAACAAAUGCGAGCUGGAAAUUCAAAACUUGACACUUCAGAUUCUGAAUAAUAAAAUUGUUGCCGAGCUCACGAACUGCAUUCCGGAGCUUCAGCAGCCGUUUAGGGACGUAAUGGAGCGCACACUUGAAACAUUAGAAAGAACUGCAUACACAAAUACAGUUAGGUUUGAAGAUAUUAAUAUCAGUUGUAAGCUAGCUUUUAACCAGCUAAUAGACUCUGCAAGUCUAAUAGAGGUUAAGCCUUCGUCUAUCGCUCUGUAUAGAAAACGUCUUUUCGAUUCUGUUCGAUUCGCUUGUAAUUUCUGCUCGUUCAAAGCACUCCCCCUCCCGACUCAAGAGUGGAGCCGAGACGUCGCCGAUCAAACUAUUAGCAGCCUGAGUAACACGAAGUUAACACAAUUAAUCUGCACUCAAUUUAACUCUAUUGUGACCGAAUCACAUAAUCACUUUCUAUCUACGCUAAGACAGCUUCAAAAUCGUCUGGACAAAAUAUCCGAGCAAAAUCAGAACCAAAAAUCCAAGCUAAGAAAAAACAUGUCCCCUAAAAGUGCAAAACUGGCAAUCGAGUCAGUCUCUCUACGAGACGCGAUGCUCUACGGGAUGCCCAAGGUCACCCGCGAGUUGGGUCGAGGCCAAUAUGGGGUCGUAACCUUUUGCCCUUCUUGGGGAAACUACAGACCAUGUGCUGUUAAGAGUAUAGUACCUCCUGACGAAAAGCAUUGGAUUGAUCUUUCGAUGGAAUUUUAUUAUGCUCGCAGUUUGCCCGAUCAUGACCGGAUCGUCAAAAUCCGAGGCUCGGUCAUCGACUACAUGUAUCCUGGGGGUAUGCCCGCAGUUUUGCUGAUCAUGGAUUAUUAUCCUAGAGAUUUCUAUACCUCCAUUAAGUACCAUCUGCCAUACAACGAGAGACUCUCAGUGUCCAUAGACGUCGUGGAAGGUCUGCGGUUCCUCCACAGUCAAGGACUCAUCCACCGAGACGUGAAGUUACGUAACAUUUUACUCGACGACCACAAUCGAGGUUACAUAACCGACCUUGGGUUUUGCAAGGCGGAGUCGAUGAUAAGUGGGAGUGUGGUCGGAACUCCGAUCCACAUGAGUCCGGAAUUGAGUCGAGGAAGUUACGACCACUCGGUGGAUGUGUAUGCGUUCGGAAUCUUGUUCUGGUACGCGGCCGCUGGAACAGUUCGUCUGCCGAGGAAUUUUGAAAACUGUCCCAGCAAAGAGAGCCUGUGGAGUGCGGUGCAGAAGGGGUGUCGGCCGGAGAGACUGAGUGUGUUCACGGAGGAUGCGUGGGAACUGAUGCAGUGGUGCUGGGACGCCACCCCCCACAGACGACCACACAUGGGGGAGGUGAGAAGUGCCCUGGAUAAGAUCCUGGAGGCAGCCAAGGCCAGAAGACACAAAGGUCAUAAGGGUACACACCACCAAUCCAGCAAACAACACGCUGCAGGCUCAGCAAGCAACAACAACAACAAUAACAAGCAUUAACAGUGCCAGGAGUUGAGAAAAUAUCUUCUCUACUCAAAAAACGCAAAGAAGAAUGUACGAAAGCUAAAGCGGCCCGGAACUUGACGAGAUUAACAUUAAGUCAGCAUGGAGCGAGAAAAAUUGUUAUGCUUGUCAAAUUUUUUUCUCCAACUUCAUUAACUUAAGUUUCAAUAGUUACGUUAUUUUCUGCGAUGAAUUGUAAAAUUAUUCAAAAAAUUCGGAAAACAGCAGUUUGUGAGGUGAAUCAGCAUAUACUGUUAAUGUGCAAAUCUAAUGCUGAUAUAUUGAUAAAAAAAUCAUUCAUUUUCUUGAAGGAGAACAUCUUAAAUGUAUUAUGAAGCAUAGGAAUCAAGCGUCACCCCAAUAUGUUACUUUAAUUUGAUUAAUUUAUAAUUUGUUGUUUUUUUUCAAUUGUUUUAAUUAUACCGAGAGUUUUAUUUUUAUACAUUUGUACUUCGAUACUCCAUACUGUAUAUUGCCUGGUUGUCUAUAAAUAUUGGAAUUGACGAAUUUUGUGAA